AUGGAGCCUCCGCCAGCGCCAAACCGCCAUGCCCCGGCACCUAGGCUACAAUCCUACACCGGCGGACUGCGCAUCCCAACCGUCAAUGAGGCACUCCCGUACUCGCCCUUCAGUUCCAUCGUCCCUUUCAAUCCAGACCUCAUAACCCCACCCCUCGCUCUUCCUUCCAGCACACCAACUGUAUUCGAUGCCUCCGAGGAUGUCCAAUCUGCACUUCGUGGGUUAGAUAAACUUGCAGCCGGCGCUAAGAGCGCGGAGCAAGCUUCGGAACGCUGCCAGAAGACACUCGAGGACGUGCAGAGGCUGUUGGAUGCACAGGGGCUCACUAAAUUCAAAUUCAAGACCGCCAAGCGAAUAAGACGCGACAGCGACGCAGCAAAGAAGCCCGUUCAGCAACCAGCUCUGAGUGCCUUUGCACAGAUGAUUUUUGACAACACGCGUGUGCCAUUCCACUCGAUAUUGCCUGGUCCGCCCACCGAGCUGCAUGGCAAUCGAGCCACAGUCAAGCCGACCCCUGUUCGCACGAAUGACAUGUCCAAGGCGACAUUAGCGACACAAAGUCCUGCUCAGGUCCAGAUCAACAGACCAAAGCAGUCAACGCCUCGACAAGCUCAGGUACAAACCCUGGGUGUAGUCAAGCCAAAUCAUGGCCAGGUGCAGGCCCUGCAUAAACUCCCGCCGCAAGACCAGGCGCCAAUCCACGUCCGGCCAUUCACUGACCCGGACCCGCCGGCUUCGGACCACGCCCAGUCAACACCGACUCGAUCUGUGACGAAAGCAUUUGUCGUGCCAACCGCCCUAACACCCGCACAGCGUGCAGAAUACCAGAUGAUUGAUGUGCCGAAUCUGAGCCACUCACGCAAUGAUAUUACGCCGUCCAGAAACCAAAGCGCGCAUCUCACAAAUCGAGGAUCGAGUGUCGAUCAACGGCAGAAGGCAGACACCGCCGUGGAAGCUUUGCAGACGCAAUUGCAAGUCAUUUUCGAGAGUCAGGACCAUCUGCUACCAGACACCUCCGACGAUGUGUCAAUUUCAUCGAACGCCUUGUUCGCGACCCGCGGCACUGAGGACGGAUCUGCGGUAUUGCUGAAUCAUCACGCUCAUACACAGCUGGACUCCGCCGUGCUCAAGGUCGUCGCAUUGGGCCGUCUCGAUGAUAUUGAAGUGGAACAUCUUGCACGGGUUCAAAGAUUGUGUGAGAGUUCUCUUACUACCCUCGGAUCUGGAUCAUUAAGAAUCGGCGAGGAUUGGAACGAGAAUGAUGUACUGGCAUGGUUGUCGCGGAUUGCUGAUGCCGAGAAUGGUCUUGUCGCCGGCCGUACUCUGCUACGGAUAAUGACAGGAGGCUCCCGCCAUAAAGAGCUACAGUCUGAGGACUACCUCAAGGCUGUACUCGAUGCUACGAACAACGUUCUCGACGGCUGCAUUCUACCAAUCAUGGAAGAGCGAUCAUCCGCCGGCGAGAAAAUCAAAGUUGAGAGGGAAGGAUCCACCAAUCCGAGGUUUGCAAUCGCCCUUGAGCACCGAAAAAUCCUGCAGAAACUGGUCCAAGCCAGUGUGAAGAACUUGCGACUUUUAGGAGCGUUGCUACUGAAGACAGAUGUCGACGAAACCGCCAUUUCCAGUAUUGAAUUUAUGUGCAAGUCUCUCAUCUUUGCGCAGGCUGGCGGAUCGGAAAAGGACGCUUCGCUGGGAACCCAGGCGGUUGAAAACAUGCGAGUGGCUGGCGUGGAUGUGCUGGCAAUGAUCUUUACCAAAUACGAGAGCCAGCGAUCCUUCAUCCUAAGCGAGCUUCUCAUGUCUGUUGAGCAGCUACCCUCCAGCAAACAGAGUGCUCGACAAUUCAGGCCGAUCGAUGCGAAGCCCAUUCAGCUUGUCUCUGCGUUGCUCAUGCGCCUCGUUCAGGCCAGUGCCACCGUGAGCGAAAGCUUGCUUCGUUCAAGCACAAGAGGCAAUGCAGAUUCCAGCGCAGAGGAUUCAGAUGAGUCUUCAGAUGAAGACGUCGCCGAUAGCGAUGAUAGCUCCCAGAGUGCUUCGGCGGCCAAGGGGAAAAGCCAACAGUCGAAGAAAGGGAAGGGCGCCAGGGAUCUCAAGUCUGUCUACACGCCCUUGCAAGCAGCAUCUAACAAACAUGCGUCGUAUGUCGUCGGGAUAUUGCUCCAGCGAGCUGUGUCGACCACAAAAUCGAGUGAUGAGCCGUUUCGGAGACUGCUGGAUAUCUUCACUGAGGAUUUCCUCAAUGUGUUGGGCUCAAGCGAUUGGCCGGCUGCCGAGACACUGCUGCGUUGCCUGGUCGUACGAAUGAUCAACAUGGCUGAGAGUCCCAAGAGUCCUGCGCCUUCACGUACCCUUGCCCUCGAACUUCUGGGAACCAUUGGUUCUGGCAUUCUCGACCUGCAGGCUGCGAUGGUAGACUCUAGCAAGGCCUUGCAAGAUGGCGACAGAAUUUCUCAAGACCUUGCUACCAUGGUCAAAAGGAUACAGGAUGAGACGUUCUCCAACAUCGCCUUGACCUCAUUCGAAGGGCCAUACAGGGUCGUGAUUGAAUAUUUGCACCAUCGAGAUCUCAAAGAUCCGCAGUUGCGGACUGCGCGCGGCUAUCAUCUCGUGCAGUGGGCGGCGCAGAUCUGUGAGGCUCGUGGUGAGGAUGGCAAAGCCACCAAGGCCGCGCCUACGGAGCUGCAAAACAAAGUACGCAACAUGAUCGAGGAUGUGCAAUGGCUGGAAGAGUACUCAAAUUUCCCACGGCCGACAACAGGACAGGGCAAGCUCGCUGCCAGGAUUAUUGCCUGCAACUCGACGCUCUGCAAGGCAUUCAACCGCAUAUUUGGCACCGUUUUAUCGUCGAUGAGCAGUGAGCAGCCCACCAUCAGGAGUCGCAGCCUCAAAAGCGUUACGGCACUCCUCGAGAAGGAUCCAGCUGUGCUUGAUAAUAAUCCGACAGUGCUUAGAACGAUCGUUCGCUGUCUAGGGGACAACUCGUCUCUGGUCCGAGACUCAGCUCUGGGCCUCAUCCAAAAGUGCGUCUCACUUCGCCCUGCCCUCGAAUUGAAGCUCUACGAGCGAGUGAUCCCUCGUACCAAAGAUGCAGCCACACUGGUUCGCAAGCGUGCAAUGGCCUUCCUCAAAGAAGUCUACCUACGAAACGACGACAACGAGGUCCGCGCAGCCAUCUCCAACGCAAUCAUUUCUCGCAUUCAGGACACUGAGGAGAGUGUUGCUGACGCAGCGAAGACCACCGUCGAGGAAAUAUGGUUCUCAGUUUUCCGGAACCGGACCGCAAGCGGGGAACGUUCUGUGGACAACCUACUUCGACUGCGUUCUCACGCCGCUUUGAUUAUCCACACGGUCGCCCUUGGAGACGAUGUGAUCGAAGUGCUCGAGGCACUGAUCAAAAUCUUGCUGCACAAGUCAAAGCAGGCGGCGGAGAAUACACGUAUUUGCAAAGACUUUGUGAGUGUUCUGUCCGACGGCAUGAUUGACAGUUCGGAUAUCCCCGGCUCGCCAACACAGAGCUCCAUACUGCUGGCAUUGACUGUGUUUGCUCGAGCUGGGCCGCGAUUGUUCACCGGCGAGCAGCUCGAGCGUUUAGAGCCGUACGCCAAGAAUCUGCAGACCUCAGACGAUCUUGUCGUCUAUCAAUCUGUUGUCACUAUACUACGAUGGACUCUGCCUGUCGUUCCCGGGAUCAAACAAGACUUUCUGCGCAAUCUUCAGAUGGCACUUGUUCAGUCCGCCUCAAAGCUUCCGAGAUUCGAGCUAAGCGCAAUAGCUCCUUGCUCGUGGACCAUCGUUACUAUCAGCAAGGACAACACACGUUUGGUAGCGUUCUUCGCUUCGGCUCUCGUGCAACUAUAUCGUAUGCGCGAUGCCGUCCUGCUCGACGACGAUCUCCACAAACCCACGGACAAGGCUCGACGACUUCUUAAUAUCGUGGGGGCAUUUGGUAAGGCCUGCAACUUUGAAUCCGAACUCAAACGCUUUCAAGACGGCUGUCCGUCCUGCACAGGGAGUACAGUCUCGGCCAUCUUCGUCGAGGUGUGUUGUUCCUACGUCAGUCCGAAGCGGCCAAUCAAAGUUAGGGAGGCGGCUUUAUAUGCAUUAUGUGCAAUUGGCCAAAGCAACCCGGACAGCUUUCUGCGCGAGGAUGUCACGAAUGCGAUAUCAGUGGUGUUUGAAGAAGGCAAUGCUCUGCUUGAACAGGUGCUGCUCAGUGGGCUUGAAUCGUUCUUUCGCGCGGGCGAGAAGCAUGUCGACGGCGCCGAUGGCACUGAUCUAGGGACUGGUGUCGACAGCGGCAAAGAGCGUCUUGGCGGUACAUACCAAGCGACGGGGUUCGACACUGCAUCAACUUCGCUCUCCCAGAGAUACCUCCAGCAGUUCUUACGGAUCUCGCUGACCUCCUUCGACGAAGUGGCGUUGACAGCAGCACGGAUCGUUGCCAGUAUCAACACCCAAGGUAUCGCACAUCCUGGCGACAGCGGACCGACACUCGUGGCACUGCAAACCUGUCCCAACUCGGACAUCGCCAAGUUGGCAUUCGUUUCGUACAAGGAGCAGUUCCAGAAGAACGAGUCUGUUCUCGAAAAGACUCUGGCCAAAUCGGUGCAAAAGUCCUUCGACUACCAACAGCGCGUCGCUCAAAGCACAACAGGCUUUGWUGGACAUCCUCCGGUAUCCAAGUUUCAUCACGUGUGGGAUGUCCUGAAGACGGGCAAGGGCAAAGCGCGAACAAAGUUCUUUGCUAAUCUUUGCGCUUCAUUGAACUUUGACCCAGCGAAGCUGAAAAUCUCCAGCGGCACAGCAAAUCAUUUGCUCUACGUACGGUUCUGCACCGAAGUCAUUGCUUUUCUGGAGUACAACAACAUCGCGGACUUGCUAGUCCUGCUUUCUUCCUUGGAGAAAACGUUUUCUGGCACAGGAACUUCGGUGGCGCAGUCCAUCGAAAGCGAAGUACUCCGCAUUCAGGUCCCUGUAUUCUCCUCCCAAUCAGCUGCUACCAGCGCCGAAGCCAUCGAACUCACGACUGUGGGAGCCAUUGAGCCGAAGAGACUCCAGCAGCUGGCGGUGUCAUCUCAAAUACUGUCUCUGAUAUGGGAGACGAGGUCGUUUUUGCAGAGAAUCUGGAACCUACAGAAAUUUGCCGGGAAAACAAAGCAUGCAGCGAAGGACACGAACCGUCCACCAACUCGCUCGACCAAUGCAUCUACACUGAUGGACGCCUUCCAGAAUCGGAUCAGCCAAAUCAUGGCGGAGUCAACCACAGAAGGGGAGCAGCGUGCAGUUUGCGGCGCAUUUGCUGAGCUCGUCAAGGUGGAUGGUGACGUAAAGGUCGACGAAGAUGAGGACGACAACCUCGAUCUCGAUAUGGAAGGUGUUGAUGACGGACGUAGUGAAGUCAGCUCAACGAAUAGCCCAUCCGCAGGGCCUCGUGGUAAGAAACGGAAGUCGAUUGACAACGGCAAUGCCAGUCCUCGCAAGAGAGGUCGCCCACGCAAAUCAAGUGUGACAAAGAGGAUGGUCGAUGAGGACGAUGAGCUUGGUGGGUGGAACUAG